AAUUUUAUCUUCAACCUUACAAAUGUCUACAUUAUUUCAUCAUGGAACAGCCCAGCGUUCCUGACGUCGGACCUCUUCCAGCUGUCGUACAUGUGGUACUCGGCCACAGGCUGCCUCAUCGUCAUCGUCGUGGGGCUCAUCAUCUCUGCCUUCACCGGCACCCAAGACCUGAGGAAACUCAACCCCAAGACCCUGUCUCCUGGCUUCCAUUGGGUCAAGCGCAUCAUUCCUGGCUCUGAUAAAAUCGGGCUGGACUGGGUUGACGAGAGAGCCACGCUACGUGAAGACCCAAGCGUGAUAAACGGGCUCAAUAACUACGGCUUCGAGAGCGAAAAAUCCGAGAAAUACAACGGAGGAUUGAUCGAGGCCUCCAAACUCUGAAAUGAACCUGGAGCCCCGACCAGAUCCUGUAUCCAGAAAAGCGUUACAAAAGUUUUAUUUCUUGUCUAUGUAUUUAAUUCAAUGUAAUUUAAUUUUUAUUUUUUUUCCCGGCUCAUAUGCACGCAGACUUGCCUAGAAGCAGAUAUCUAGACAUAAUUUAAAUGUUGUACAUACCAUUAAUAUAUUCAAAUGCUCUUGAUUAAUUUGUCCGUAUAUUUAUAUGCACCAUUGUAUAUGUGAUUUUUGUUUAUUUAAUGCAAAUCAAAAUUAUUUCUUGUUCCGUAAGAUAAACAAAGUUAUUUAUCGUCUGGCAAAUCUACCUAAUUGCUGUAGAUGUGUAGUAUCUUGUGUUCCUGUACAUCUUAUUAAUAUUGUUAUUAAUACAUUAUUCUCAAUAA